AUGACCCCCGACGCGGCCUUUGUGCUGGAGAUGGCCGCCGUGGUCUGCUUGGUGCUGCUCAUCGUCGCCAUCGUCGCCGCCGCCGCGGGCGCCUGCGAGCCUGUCGCCGCCGCCGCCGCGGUGCACGACGUCGAGCAGGCGCUCGGGCCCGCCACGCUCAUGACGUACGACCAGGCGAGGACGAAGGCGGCCGGCAACGGCGUCAACGGCAAGAAAGGGAGAGCGCCGGCGGCGGAGGAGGAGGCGCCGUCGUGCGCCAUCUGCCUGUCGGAGUACGCCAAGGGCGACGAGCUGGUGCGGGUGCUGCCGGCGUGCGGCCACUUCUUCCACGCCGACUGCCGCAUCGACUGGUGGCUCCGGCAGCGCGGCACGUGCCCGAUCUGCCGCGGUGGUCUGCGGCCGCUGCCGCUGCCCCUGCCCCUGCCAACGAGUCCGGGGUGUCCGCCCAUGCCGCCGCGAGUGACCGGCGCCGCCAUGGUCCGCGGUAGGGGUUGA